CGACAAACACCCAUCAGGUGUGUACAAAGAUCGGCAAAAUAAAGAGGCCACUUUGGUAUGAAAAAGAGAAGUGUGCAUCCAAUACGUAUUUCACAAGAAAGCGGAGGAUCGGAGACCUUCCCGACAUGGCUAGGGUGAACGCACGCGCCCUGAUUCUUGGAUAGGCUGUCGUUUUGUAAAGUCUAGCACUUAUUGUACAACCUGGGCGCCCCACCAUAUUUCUUAGUCUUAUCAAGUCCCGCUAGAGAUAUUCCAUCAACGUCCAGAGAAACACACUAUCCGCUGCAGUCGCAAUGAGUCUUUCGGCAGCCACCAAGCAUCCCAGUUUGAGUAUGGGCGGCAGUGUCCUCCACAGCGUCGUUCAAGAGCUCCUAUCCGUACUCCAUUGUCACUUUGUUCUCCCAACUACCGAGCAAAGCAGUCUUGGAGCAGCAAUCGGCAGCGGAAGUUCUCUGAGACACUCCAAACGCUGCAGCCUUUCGAAACUAUGGGUCGCCGGGAGUUUUUUGACUAUUGCCUUUAGCAUGACCUGUCUAAUCUUCAACAUCUCGCGAGGAACGCCAAAGACUGGUAUGGACCUGCGCUGGCCGGCGUCCAUGUUCUGUAUUUGGAUGUGGACGGCUGGUUUGUCCGGCCUGUUUCCAAUUCCGAGUGCGCCUACGACUAGCGACGGCGCGUGGGGAGACAUUAAUGUGCAAACUCGUGCAAUGCUGGCCGCAUUGGCGGUGGUUUAUCUUCCAUUGCCAUCCGCAGCUUGCUUGGUAAUUGCUUUUCGACGCUUCUAUCGAACCGCCAGCCACAUCACUGCCGCUGCGGCACAAGUGGAAAAAAUGUGCGAAGUCACGCGGGAGGCAGGAGAGUUGACGAGAACUGGGGUAUGGCACUCGAAAGAAGACAGCACGACAGGAAUAACGUACAUCUGCGCGUGCGAGACCUGGUUCGAUAUGAUGGGCUUCGUCGGUGAUUUACUUCCUGCCUGUGACGAAUGCAGGGCCAGUCUGUACGCAUUACCUUAUCGGAAUAGACGCAUUGCGUUCCCUCGGUUCUUCCAGCGCUUGAGUUCUGGAGAAGACCAGAAGAAAAUCUUUCAGAUGAUCAAAGCCGUGACAUCCGGGAGCAGCGAAUGCAAGCCAGUGCUCUAUAAUCUUCGACGGGAGGUUGAUGAUUGCGAAAUCUAUAUUCGAACGUACAUGCUGCCGAUAGUGCACGAUGGGAAAAUCGUGGCUCGCCGAGGUGCUACGCAGGACGUUACAGCGCAGAUCAUGGAGGAACAAGCUCUAAGAAGAGAUAAAGAGCAAGCCAUCACGCAAUCACAGCAGAAGGACACCUUUCUGGCGACGAUGUCGCAUGAAUUGCGCACGCCUCUCACAUCCAUCAUCGGCCACAUUGAAUUGGUGGCCGAGACCCAAUUGGACCAAACCCAACGGGAGUUGAUCGCUAAUGCAGGCCGAGGAGCAACAACAUUGUAUGCUCUGAUAAACAAUAUUCUGGAUUACAGCAAGCUCUCCGCCGGAAAGAUCGAGUUGGAAUCGCAUCACACGAACAUCGCUGACCUCCUCGGAGAUGUGUACCUUCUCGUCAAAGAUCUGAGCACCGUUUCUCUUUCAAUAAAGCCGUACUCAGGGCCGCAGAUAGAAGUGGAUGCAAUGCGCCUCAAACAAGUGUUCUUGAAUUUACUAAGCAAUAGUCUGAAGUUUACCAUGCCGGGCGGAAAGGUAGAGCUGUCAAAUCGCUGGGAAAUCAUGCCUGGCAACCUCGUCAGCCUCGAAUUUGAGGUAGCCGAUACUGGCAUAGGCAUGUCCCCGGAAGUACUGGAGAAGCUCUUCACGCCUUUCGAGCAAGCGGACGCAUCUAUUAGUAGAAGGUUUGGAGGAACAGGGCUUGGCCUAAGUAUCUCCCACAAACUGGUAAUGGCGAUGGGGGGAACGAUAACUGUCCGGAGCAAGGAGUCCGUGGGGACGACAUUUACGGUCAAGAUAGUGCAACCCAUAUCGCCAGAGACUGCGCCGCCAACUAGGAACAGCGUGGCAUCACGAACGGAGGGACCGACGUCGCUGUCAUUGUACCCAUCACCACCUGCCGAUAUCUCGCCGGUUCUAUACGAUUUUCGGGCCUCCUCGCCGAAACCACAGAAAGGGGCGAACGGGACUGGCGGUCAUUCGCUGCAAACGUGCAACGCUGCGAUCGAGGCAGCUUUCUCUUUUACCCAAAGUCACCAGUCAUCGAUUCAGUCGGAUUCUUCUCAUAAAGUCCUAGAGGGCAUGAACGGUGCGGCCAUCAACGACGGGCGUACCGAACCGGCUUCAGAUGGCCAAACCAGAGUUUUACUCAUUGAAGACAAUACAACCACGCAGAAGCUAGUUCAGCGGAUGCUCAAGGACAUUAGUCUGGAUGUCGCAGAUAACGGACUAAUAGGCUACGAGAAAGUGCGGGACUUCCCACCCUACAACCUGAUUUUAUGCGAUAUGAUGAUGCCGGUUAUGGACGGUCUUGAAGCCACACGUAAAAUCCGUCAACUGGACAAAUCAAGAAACACAAUGAUCGUCGGGCUAACCGCCAAUGCGUUCAAAAGCCACCGCGAUAACUGUUUAGCAGCUGGCAUGAAUGACUUUGUGUCGAAGCCCUUUACGAAGCAAGGGCUACUUGAUGCGGUUACGAAAGCUCUGACAAUGCCGAAGCGACCUCCGUCGAGGAGGGCGUCGUCAGUGUCGCAGGACCUCAAUGGCACCGUGGGUUGCACAACGAUCGAUAUACCUGCGGUCAUGCGGCCGGCAACUCCAUAACAGGAGCCCGCGGCCUAAGAUCGGUCGCGGUCAGAAGUCCGUCGAAUCGGGCACUUGUAUCUAUAGCUAGAUCAGUAGCGGUUUGAUUACAUAUUGCACUCUCUGGCCCAUACCGAAUGAAACUUUCGAUUCGGUCGGCAUCAGCGAGCGAUUUUUGUAGACAAGGACGUUGCCUGUACGUACAUUAAGACGUGGGAACAA